AUGUCGCAGAGGAAUAAACCAGUGAGGCAGGACUACGUGGCCAAGAUUCGGUACACCAACAACUUACCCCCGCCACCACUAAACCCCAAAUACAUCGAGUACAACACGGCAAACCCAAUCUCACAAAAGACUGAAGCGGAACAACUACUUGCAUCCUUGUUUCGUAAGGAGAAUUUCCAGAUUCUAAUGGAAAAGAUCGAUGACCAGUCAGGCUUGGAAUUGAACUUGAUCAACAACAAUGGGUUUUUGGAUUAUGGCAAACCCUCCAGUAUAGGCCAGCUUACACGAAAUGACCAGCCCAUACCGUUACACCCCAAAGACCGUGCUCUCUUGAGAGACGCGGGGAUCGGCAAGAUCAACAAGUCUGAACCGGGGGUCUCGUUUUUGAGAAGAACCGAAUACAUCUCGGAGAGAAGCACGCCAAAGACGACUACUUCAGCUGCGAUCCAAACUGAAGAGGCCAAGGCCAAUGCCAAGAUCAAGAAUGAGGCCAUGCAUAGCUUGGACGCCGAUGCUCAGCUCGACGCGGUGGAAGAGACAUUCACUGCUGCCAAUGACUCGUUGCAUGACUUCUCAAAGCUCCAGCAUCCUCGUAAAAAGAGGGUCAAGGCGGUAGAUACGUGGCCGCUCUUACCUGAUACUUCAAUGAUGGAUAACGUCUUGAUGAAUUUGAGGUUCUUGGGCAGUGCAUCGAUAGAUCGCGAGCUCAAGAUGCUAAAGAGGAGAAAAGGUGACUCCUACAAUGAACGCUUCCAACGGCAGAAGCAGGAGUCGGCGAUUUUCAAACCUAUAAAUUCAAAAGAUGGUGAGUGGAUGUCGAUGUUUCAGGUUCCCAAUGAAGACGAAGCGGGCAAAUUGCACCAGGUUUUAAACUCUACCGAGCCUGAAAAACCGGUGAAUUUGCUCGAUUUGGAAGACGACACUGGUGGGCAGUUCCAGUUCAAGUUUGCGAAAAACUACGAGAUGCUGUAUCAGGAGUAUCCUCAUUUGAACCAGGAAUUAGCUGUCAAGUUUGUUCCUGAAUCAGCAGAGGAAAAAGAUGGUGCCACCACCACCACUAGAAAGAAGAAAGUGGCAUAUUAUUUGCCCAUCACGGGUAAAGUCGAGUUGAAAAAAUAUAGAACUUCAACUAAUCGCGAAAUCAACAAAUUCGUCAAGGAAAAAACGUUUGAUUUGGUGAAUUUCAAAUUGCGCGAGCCCACUACCAACGAAUUGAAGCUGAUGGAUAGAGCUAGAUCCCAAUAUGAUCCGAUGGAGUAUGAAGGUGACGAUGAUGAAGAUGAAGGUGAUGAGGGGGAACAGGAGGGAGCUGAAGAAUAUAAUCACACGCAAGUCAAUGUCCAAAGCGAAGAGAAGAAUGAGAGUGAAGGAAAAAGUUCAGAUAGCCUCGCGAAAAAUAAACCGGAUGGAGAAGGAGAUGGAGAAGGAGAAGAAGGGGAUGGAGAUGGAGAAGAAGAAGAAGAAGAAGAAGGAGAUGGAGAAGAAGAAGAAAAAGAAGAAUAG